AUGCCGCCCGGCGUUGGCCUCGCGUGUGUAUUUUUCCUGUGUGUUUCUCUGCGCGGGUGUUUUUCAGGGAGCAGGGAGACGGCGUUCACCUACGCCAUCAGCGCGGCAGGGGUGGUGAACGCGGUGAGCCGGGCCUGCAGAGAGGGGGAGCUCUCCACGUGCGGCUGCAGCCGGGACGCCAGGCCCAGCGACCUCCCUCGCGAUUGGCUGUGGGGAGGAUGUGGAGACAACGUGAAGUAUGGCUACCGGUUCGCCCGUGAGUUCGUGGACGCGCGCGAGCGAGAGAAGAACUACCCAAAAGGGACCAUGGAUCACGCUCGAACACUCAUGAACUUACAGAACAAUGAGGCCGGUCGACAGGCCGUGUACAACCUCGCCAACGUAGCCUGUAAGUGCCACGGCGUGUCGGGCUCCUGCAGCCUGAAGACCUGCUGGCUCCAGCUGGCCGACUUCCGCCAGGUGGGCGAGUACCUGAAGGAGAAGUACGACAGCGCGGCCGCCAUGCGCAUCGGACGCAAGGGCAAGCUGGAGCAGGUGGACAAGCGCUUCAACGCCCCCACGCUGGAGGACCUGAUCUACAUCGACCCCAGCCCCGACUACUGCCUCCGCAACGAGAGCACGGGCUCCCUGGGCACGCAGGGACGGCUCUGCAACAAGACCUCGGAGGGGAUGGACGGCUGCGAGCUGAUGUGCUGCGGUCGAGGCUACGACCAGUUCAAGACCUACAAGCACGAGCGCUGCCACUGCAAGUUCCACUGGUGCUGCUACGUCAAGUGCAAGCGCUGCACCUCACUGGUCGACCAGUUCGUCUGCAAGUAGGGAGAGGAAGGAUGGAGAGAGGACGACAGCAGAGAGAUGCAGGGAGGGAUGGAUGCAGGGAAGGAUGGAUGGAUGCAGGGAGGGAUGGAUGCAGGGAGGGAUGGAUGCAGGGAGGGACUUACUGACUAACAGGGACGAGGGAGGGAUAGAGAAGAACAGAGAAAUGAGACAAUAAUAAAUAAUAAAGAAAUGAAAUAUAUAAUUAAGUAAAAGAAAAUACGUAAACAUUGCAAUAAUUUAUGAUCCAAGCGCCGUAAUGGUGGACUGACAAACAGGACAACCCAUAAGGAUUUUCUUUGAUGUUUGUCUAUUGUCAGGUUAGCAUCACUCUCUCCCUUCACUACAGUUCAAUACAGCCUCUGAUUGGCUGUCAGGGGAAGGGGGCAGAUUGCAGUUGUUGAACUUCAUAAUCUCCCCUGAGAGUACUGAAAGACGGAGAGAGAGAUAAAGAGGAAGGAGAUUAAGAAAAUGGAAAGUUGUUGUGUCCUAAAGAACUGCAAUUAAACCUCCUCCACUCCUCCUCCUCUGACACUAUGUACCCUCGGUGGACUCUGUUGCCAUGGGGCCAAACACGCCUGCAUGUUCUUACUCAACCCAUUCACCCUGAUAUGAUGCUGACCUCUCACCCGGAAGUGACAUCACAAUUCAGACUCAACCCACAGAGAGGGACGGGGUCAGGAGUGGCGUGAUACUGGACGUGAGGAGUAUUGAUAGGGAGGGACCCUUGCUUGGGCCUGGUGAACUGAAAUACAUCAGGAAUUAAAAAGAGUCUGGAGUUCAUAAAUCUGCCAUAUGAUACACGAGGAGUCCCUCUAAACACAAUAAAUCAGUAAAUAAUGCAUAUUAAAUAAUAAUUCAUAAAUCAAUCAUAUUACCUUCUACACCAGGGACAUCAUCUAUUCCAGAAUGUUACUGUUGCUAAGGUAGUGCCUGGUUACAGUGUCGACCACUGACUGUAAUACAAUGUCAGCCAUGUUGUUCUGGUUUAUCUCUAAGGAAGUAAUUAUAUUACAGCAAGAGUUAUUACUACCCUGUUCACGAGAAAAGGAGGCAUGCUGCAAUUUGAACCAAUACCCUACAACCACCAGGCAAUGUCAACCUAAUUAACAUGACUGCAGUUGUAAAGAAUGUGUUUUGAGUACUGAAUCUGUGUGUGGUAGCCGUGUUUAAAAACAAACUAACAAAAUGAGAGGAAAAUUAAAAGGACUGCAGGUUAUUGUAGGAUAUAUAUAUGAAAUAGUUGAUCAGAAGUAUAUUUUAUUAAUUGUUUUUCAUUUUGUAUAAGAGAGUUCAUACUCGUUCAACCUUGAGGUUUGUCGUAGUCCUGCAUGUGGAAUGUCCAAUCGCAGCCAACUUUCCCCUGCUCGACCAAUGACAGACCAGCUUUUGUCAUAAGUGUUGUGGAAAAUAACCACACGUGUAAAUAGAUGCCCUUUAUACACCAAUGACACAACUGACACCCUCCAGACUGUCUGUGUUUUUGUCUAUUAUAUCUGAGUGUCUGUUGUCUUAUUGAUCGUAAUGUGUAUUUUUUCAUCUUCCACAGUCAUAUUAAACCAGUAAUAGUGGUGA